UCAUUAAACUCACCUCUCUUUCUCUCAUAUCUUCCACUUCUCAAACUCAAAUCUCUCCGCUCUUUUUUCUUCACCGCCACCGCCUCCGCCACCACCCCGCCGCCGCCACCACCAUGUCCGCCAAGGACUGCGGUAACCACGGCCACAAAAGCCGAAAACUCUUCCGGCGUCUCUUCGCCGGAAUUCUAAUCUUCCUCUUCAUCGUCUUAGUUACCAUCCUCAUAAUCUGGGCCAUACUCCGUCCAAGCAAGCCCAAAUUCAUCCUCCAAGACGUCACCGUUUUCGCAUUCAACGCGUCAAAUCCAAAUUACUUAACCUCCAAUUUCCAAGUCACCUUCUCUUCUCGCAAUCCAAACGACAACGUCGGUAUCUACUACGACAAGCUAGACAUUUACGCCACGUACCGGAACCAACAGAUCACUCUCCGAUCAUCCAUACCGAACACGUAUCAAGGUCACAAAGAGGUCAACGUCUGGUCACCGAAUGUCUACGGCACCGACGUUCCUGUCGCGCCUUACAACGCCGUUGGAUUGAGUGAAGAUCAGAAUGCUGGAGCCGUUCUGCUCAUGAUUAAAAUGGAUGGACGGGUGAGAUUUAAAGUUGGCACUUUUGUUUCUGGAAAAUAUCAUUUGUAUGUUAGAUGUCCCGCUUAUAUUCAGUUUGGCAGUAGAACUGCCGGAAUUAUUGUCGGUGAGAAUUCCGUUAAGUAUUCACUUAUAAUCAAGUGCAGUGUCAGUAUUUGAAGCCGGAUACGAAGAAAACCGAAAGGAAAGAUAGUUAAACUUGUAACGCCGUUAAGUAUUUUUUUUUCAUAUAUGAAAUUGAUGGCUCUGUUAUAGAUUUUUAUAUAUAAAGACUUUGAAUUGUAAAUUUUUCUAAAUUGAAUAAAAUUCAAGAAGAAAUGAGAUAAUUAGAUAAA